UCAUCGUUUACAGAGCAGCGCAUUGCUUUUUCCCGCCAAAUGGAGUUUCCACGGGGCUGAGCGCGUGUGGGCUCUGUCUUGCAUUUUAUGAGCAAGAAAGUUUGCGAUGUUAAAAUCUUGAAAAGUUCCUGUUAGGGUCACUACAACUUAAAAUUCUCUCUCGUUCGUUCUCCUGAUGUGUGCGCAAGAGCGCUGCCAAACUUCAGGAAUGUGUGUGUCAACGUAGAUUGCCGUGCUUUAGUGUUGUGCUGCGUAGCUCACCGUUGGUGCAGUGUUCAUUGGUGAGGCCGAUCCUGUCUCUGACGCGAUGCCUUGCACUCCUUCCAAGAAAAUGAAGCAGUCACGGCUCCCGUUCCAAGCACUUGCGGGGAGUGCCCAGAAGCGUAAGGCAGCUGCAGAGCAAGAACCUGUAUGCAAGCAGCCACGUCCUGACCAGCCAAGCCCUGGACAGGGGACAUUUAGACCAUUCGAGUUGAAAGCAGGCAUGACUCUGGCACCAGCUGUACCUGCCGGCGUUAGAGAACGUUUCGACCACCUGCUGAUGGACCGCUUCCUGCAGUCAGAGUGUGCUGCAGAUAUCCAGUUCAACCCUCGAAGAGAACAGUGGCAUCGGCAUGUUCGUGAACCUCGAUCAGCACCUCGAGCCAAGUUGCUCCAGUUUUGCGAAAAUGUGCGGCCUGCAUACUGGGGAACCUGGCGCCGACGAAGUCACACAGUGUCGGGGCGCAAUCCCUGGGCAAAGGACCAGACACUGGACUACGAGGUGGACAGUGAGGCCGAGUGGGACGAAGAGCCUGGCGAGAGCUUGUCAGGCAGCGAGCCAGAGAGCGAGCCUGAUGAUUAUGAAGUUGACAAUGAAGUCUUUGUGCCUCACGGGUACCUGUCUGAAGAUGAAGAAGAAGGCGGUGGCCCCUCAGCUGCUGCACUUCAGGUGCGGCAGCUGGAACUCCAGGAUGAGCUGCGUGAGAAUGGUGCUAAAGGUCCAAGGCUGCAGCCUCUGGUGGUCAGUGGGCAGGACAUUGGACUGCUGGCACGCUUUGCGGCCGUGCGGUUGAAGCCAGGACCGUUGCGUCCCAGCUGGCAAGAGGAAAGUCUGCCCGAUGAUGCCCUGCAGCUGCUGGGUCGACUGGUGCAUGGACGUGCCUGCUGCAGCCAGGGGGAGCUAGUGCGUCAGUUCCAAUCCAAGUGGGAAGGUGCCCCUGUGGCACGUAGGCAACUGCUGGACGCCCUGCAAGCUCUAGGGCCUGAGCGCCCUCGGGGAGGAAACUGCUGGCGCCUGCCUGCCCCAUCCUUGCAGCGGCUUGGCAUGCCGCUCUCACGGCCCGCGGGUCCCCUGGACCGUCUUUGGAGCCGAGAGACUGGAAGUCACGCCACCCCGGUCGAGUCACAGCAGUGAAGAUGUGGCUCAGUUGCUGCACAACCGUAAAGUGUGGUUUUUGCACUAGUGCUUUCAGAUUUGGGAACUGCGUGCAAGACAGGCCUAUAGACUUUCCCUAGACUACCAUGCAGCGGACUUCAAAGCAGGUCUGCAGUUCUAUGGUGCACACUUUUUUGCUGCAGAAGGGAAAAUUUGUGCCCUUGGCAGCCAGCAAACCAGCUAUUGUGGCACCGUCUACUCUUUUUCAGAAAAAUACACCACUUAGCAGGAAACUGUGUCAAGCAUGUCAUCCUCGUGUCCCAAAAUUUGUUCAUUGCUCUUUUAGCAAUUGACGCACAAACCUUCCAUUAGAACAGGUCUAGUAGCCACAGAGAUGGCUUCUCUGUGUAUGUUCAGCUCUGCAAGUGAAAUUGCGCAACCGGGUAAGCACUCCUUUCACUAAACCAAACAGUAGUUCUGCCGAGUGCUUGUAUCACUACCGUCUUUUCAUCUGUGCUUUAACUGCAGUAGUUGGUGCUAGUUGGUCCAUUCCAGUACAGACAAUGAUCUGCUGACUUGUACUUCAAUUUGACCUAGAACGCACAAGACACUCAAGAUAUGUCUUUAACUUUCCACAAUUUGUGGUGGGCCAUCUGGUGAAUGAUGUAGCACAGCAUAGAUUGUUGCAGGCUUGUUUUCACCAUGGCACAGUUCCUUUGUACUUUUCAAAGUAUUGCUGUAGAAUUCUUGCGUCUUAAAUAAACAGAUUUUUCUUGCUGCA